ACGUCACAACGCGAUGGCGGCGGCUCCUUCAGGCAGCUGAAGUGGGUAUUAGGCCCGGAAGAUCCGAGUCCAUCCGCGGCUGGGAGAAGGCCAGCGGGGUCGGUAGGAGCUGGAGCAGGGGCGGCGGCGCUCUGUCUGUCCCAUCCGCCGCGUAUUGAGGCUCUGGGAGCGGCGGGGCGGCCGGAAAGCGAUGGUGAAAGCCGGGCCGCGAGGGGGGCGGAGCCGGCAGUCGGACCCGCAGUAGGGCAGCCGCGGCGCCGCCUCCCCGAGCUCAGACCCAGGAAGCGGCCGGGAGGGCAGGCGUCAACUGGGCUCGCCGCCGCCAUGGAGCUCAGAGUCGGGAACAGGUACCGGCUGGGUCGGAAGAUCGGCAGCGGCUCCUUUGGAGACAUCUAUCUCGGUACGGACAUUGCUGCAGGGGAAGAAGUUGCCAUCAAGCUCGAAUGUGUCAAAACCAAACACCCUCAGCUCCACAUUGAGAGCAAAAUCUACAAAAUGAUGCAGGGAGGAGUGGGCAUCCCCACCAUCCGGUGGUGCGGCGCGGAGGGGGACUACAACGUCAUGGUGAUGGAGCUGCUGGGGCCCAGCCUGGAAGACCUCUUCAACUUCUGCUCCAGGAAGUUCAGUCUCAAAACCGUCCUGCUCCUUGCUGACCAAAUGAUUAGUCGUAUUGAAUACAUUCACUCAAAGAACUUCAUCCACCGGGAUGUGAAGCCAGAUAACUUUCUCAUGGGUCUGGGGAAGAAGGGCAACCUGGUCUACAUCAUAGACUUUGGGCUGGCCAAGAAGUAUCGGGACGCCCGAACCCACCAGCACAUCCCCUACCGUGAGAACAAGAACCUCACAGGCACGGCGCGGUACGCCUCCAUCAACACGCAUCUUGGAAUCGAACAAUCUCGAAGGGAUGACCUGGAGUCGCUGGGUUAUGUGCUCAUGUACUUCAACCUGGGUUCUCUGCCCUGGCAGGGGCUAAAGGCUGCCACUAAGAGACAGAAGUAUGAGCGGAUCAGUGAGAAGAAGAUGUCCACCCCCAUUGAAGUGCUGUGUAAAGGCUACCCUUCUGAAUUUGCCACGUACCUGAAUUUCUGUCGUUCCUUGCGUUUUGAUGAUAAGCCUGACUACUCGUACCUGAGGCAGCUCUUCAGGAACCUAUUCCACCGCCAGGGCUUCUCCUACGACUACGUGUUUGACUGGAACAUGCUCAAAUUUGGAGCCAGCCGGGCAGCCGACGAUGCCGAGCGGGAACGCCGGGACCGCGAGGAGCGAUUAAGACACUCCCGAAAUCCAGCCACGCGCGGCCUCCCCUCCACGGCCUCAGGCCGGCUGAGGGGCACCCAGGAAGCGGCUCCUCCCACCCCCCUCACUCCUACCUCACACACGGCUAACACCUCUCCUCGGCCUGUGUCCGGCAUGGAACGAGAACGGAAAGUGAGUAUGCGGCUGCACCGCGGCGCCCCCGUCAACAUCUCCUCCUCCGAUCUCACAGGCCGACAAGACACCUCGCGCAUGUCCACCUCACAGAAUAGCAUUCCCUUCGAGCACCACGGCAAGUAGCUGCGCGUCUCCUGUCGGAAGGCAGCACCGGAUUCCCGGUCGGGUGGCUUCCAGUGGUCUUCAGUCUGUCGUGCACCGAUGAGAACUCUCCUUUUUGCUGUGAAGGGCAGACAAUGCAUGGCUGAUCUACUCUGUUACAAUGGCUUUACUAGUGACACGCCCCCCUCCCGGUCUAGAACCGAAAUGUUAACACCGGGAGCUCUCCAGGCCGCCCACCCAGCGACGCCCAUGGGGGAAACAAACUAAACCGGACAGACUCCAAGUGCUGCCAUCGCCGGGGGCUGCUGCCGAGGCCCACCACGUGAACUCGGUCAUAAUGGGGCUGGAAGGAAACGCAGAGAGUGAGAGACAGUGGCAGAGAAUCAGACUCCCGUUCAAGAGCCUCUCGGCCCUCCCGCCGGCGUGGCGCACCCAUGCUUCCUGACGAGCCCACUGUAACUCCUGUCUUCUACUUGGCUAAGACAGUUUUGUAUCAUUUUGCUAAAAAUUACUGGCUUAAAUCUGUGUAAAGAAAUCUGUCUUUUUAUUGUUUCCUUCUUGUCUGUUUCCGCGGUCUUAAAAAGAUGUUGACUUUAAAGAAUCCUGAAACAAAGAUGCUGGCUUGGCGUUUCUGUGGAAUGGAGAGGCAGGGAGCUGAGCACACGUGAACUUGCGUGGUCUGUGUUUCGUGGGUUUUGUGGUGUGGUCCCUGUGGAGAGGGUUUUCUCGUCUGGAUUCUGUCACACGCAUACGUAUGUGUAAGUGAUGUGCGUGUAUGUUGUGUGCUGUCUUGUGACCUCAUCGACCUGGUUUUGGCUGUCGCUCCCCUGUCCCCACUGUAAGAAUGCCUGCGUGGCAUGGAAGUGCGAGGGGCCUUGCAGCCAGCUUGGUUAGAGGUUGUCGACUCCAGCAGGGCCCAGCGCUGCUCCCAGCAGAUGCAGCAAGGAAAGGAGGAAGCAGGGAGCUCAGCGUGGCGGGAGCAGAGGCUUUGCAUGGGCGUCACCACUCCCUCAGGAGAGGGUUGUGAGCAAGUGUGGGCCUCUCCUUGGAGUCACGUUUGGCGGUUCUGGUGGUGGUCGUUGCCUCAAUGCCUUUAAAUUUGGGGAGUUACCUAAAUAGGCUGUAUUGUAAUGUGCAGAUUGGCCCUUAGUCCGAGUUACCAUCUCUGCUCAAAGCCAAGGGGCGUCUUGCCCGGAAAGGCUGGUGGGCAUCUCCUUAGCAGGGGCCGAGUGACCUGGCCAGCCUGGUCAUGGGGGCAGGUAUGUCUUGCACUUUGGUGAUCCCUGUCGGGACCUAGUCACUCAGCAGAGCAGCCGGGUCCAGCCAGAAAGACCUUGCCGUGCUGAGCUCCGGCAGGAGCCCCUGCCCUGGGAAACGAGGUCUAGCACCUGUUCACAGACCUCCCACUUCCUGUCCCCCUGCUGCCCAGGGUCUGUCUGGGAAUCGGGGUGCUUGUAGGAAGCUAGGGACCCGAGGUGUCUGCAUCUGUUUUCCCCUCCUGCUCCUGAAGCCCUCCAGCCCAGGUGCUGGCCCAGGGCACCCUGCCCUGACUGGGGUGCAUCGAUGGCACACAGUGUGGCUGUUUGCUUCUUUCUGAAUCCCGAGAUCCUGCCUACUGUCUGUUUUUGGAUGUGGGGACUUGGCUGGGUGGGGCUGUUCCUCGGUGUGCAGGGGGGUGCUGGGGUGGGUCAGGCUGAGUUGGGGGCUUUCAUUAUAGGCCAGUGCUGCCUUCAGAGGUGGGCUUUCCCUCCAGACAGGUUAGCAGCUGCAGUCCCUGGUACUGGGCCGGGACGGUACAAGGAGCCUCUGCUGUUUGCACACAGGUCUUCCCUGGGGAAGCUGACUGGUCCUCGGUCCUCAGCAGUAUGGCUGUAGGUGGUGCGGUCCUCCCAGUACUCAGUCCCCCCCGUGCGACCUGCGGGAAACGUAGUUGGAAUGUCUGUAUCAGCCAGUCUCUGAACUGCACAUUUGUAUGACCACUGUGUCUGUGUACUUAACCACCGUGUGAUAAUAAAUUCACAGUGACUUCUGCCUUCUU